GUGACAGAGAGAGCAGGAACAGGAUUAAGAAAGCUGCUGCCACACUGAACGAGACACAUUUCUCAACUUUGGUAUAAAUAUUUUGGACUUUUUGAUUGACUAAAAUAACACAUAUAUCUAAUAGAAGGCUACAUCAGAGGCCACUAACUUUUUCCUGAUUUUGUUUGUUUACCUUUUGUUUGGGAACAAGUGGAUUUCGGGUCAAGGGUUGGAGGAAAACCCAGAUAUCUGUCAAGUAAGAGUCACAUGAUGACAGACGUCUCACGAUAUCUUAUCAAUCACCUGGUGACGUUCUCCCUGCAGGAUGGGGAGGUGAAUAGUGUGGAUGAGGCCCAGUCUCGUCUGUCCCGACUGGCCCGGGCGGAGAAGCUGUGGAGCCAGCAGAUAGUUCUGGAGAUUAGCCCUGAGGCCCUCCGACUCAGAGACACACAGAGCCAGGAUGAGUUGGAGAAGUAUCCAGUUGCAUCUAUCCAUCGCUGUGACGCCAUCCUCACUGAGAAACGAUUUCCAUCCCUCCUGUUACUCGUUUGCCAAAGCGCACCUCAGAUAAAGCCUGACGUUCUCUUCUUCAACUGUGAGACCGUAAGGGCAGAGCAAAUUCGUGACGACAUCACAAGGGCAGUGUCAGGUUACUCAUCGAGGUCCAAGAAGCGCCCAGAGGCCCUCAGACUUCCUCCGAUAGACCCUGUUCUUCCUCAAAAUACCAAAGCAGCGAUGAUGGACCCCUACGGAAUUCCGAGUCCCCCCAUUCCACAUGCUCCCAAUGCCCCGCCUGCCAACCCUCCACCCUACCCAGGAAUCAGAGCGAAUGGCGUCAACAGCGGGCAACAACCUGAUAGCUCUUUUCUACGAGCUGAGAAAGAAGUGGGGAUCCUUAAUCACUGUUUCGAUGACAUUGAGGUCUUCAUGGCAAAGCUCCAACAGACUGCAGAAGCUGCCUCGGUUUUAAGCCAGAGGAAGAAGAAGAAGAAAAGUCGCAAGCAAACAGCAGAGGAGGACUUGCUUACUGCAAAAGCUCGCCCUCCACCUGAAGAAGAAUUCAUGGACAUCUUCCAAAAAUUGAAAUACUGCUUCAGCCUACUGGCUCGUCUCAAGUCUUCCAUCUCCAACCCAUCCUCAGAGGAGCUGCUCCACCAUGUGUUCAAACCUCUGGAUAUGCUGGUGAGGACUACCGGGGGCCCUGCCCUAGGGGCCUCAGUGACCAGUCCUGCCCUGACCAACUCAGCCGUAACCCUGCUUCAAGACAACCUGUCUGAGGAGGAGAGGCUGCUAUGGACGGCUCUGGGGCCCCACUGGACACUCCCACGUUCCCAGCUCAAAGGGCCAGUGGCCCCAUACACACCGGUAUUUCUGGACGGGUGGAAGCCAGAGGCCUCCAAGGCAGACAGGCAGGUUUAUGAGGAUCCAGUUGAGUCACAACACAAACAUGAAGCCCUGAGAGAAAAACAAGAGUUGCAGCCUACUCAGCCAGUUGGACCUCCAGUCACCCCUAAGAGCAAUGAAAUGGAUAGCAGUAUCCUACCCCCCGAGGGAGAGAGGAUGUACAGUUGCAGCUAUGACUUUGUGGCCCGCAACAACAGUGAGCUGUCAGUACAACAGGGAGAUACACUGGAGGUCGUGGAGUCUUCCAAACGCUGGUGGAAGUGUCGUAAUCGCUUCAACGAGGUUGGCUUUGUCCCAUUCAACAUCCUGGAGCCAAUGGCUCACAUAGACAGCCCUGUCACCAUGAGAGAACCUAAGCCUCCGGUCUCACCUGCCCUGGCCAAGACUCACAUUCCUCCCAGCCCUCCAGCCUUUAACCCUAGCUCCUUGACUCCUAGCCCCUCAGCACACCACCGCCCUCGCCCACUAUCAUACAACCAAUACAGCCAACACAUUCCAGCCGGAGAUGACGCAGACAAAGUCAUGAUGGUGAAUGACGAACUGCUCCAGAGAUUGACCAAUGGGAAGGCCAACCUGAACAAGCCACUGGUCAUCCCUCGCUCGUCGGACACCUUGGUCCCCCUGGACUACAACUCACCCCCCGAGGAGGUGGAGCAGUGGCUCAGGGGGAAGGGCUUCAGUGAGACGACGGUGACAUUACUGGGAAAGCUGACAGGAGCCCUGCUCUUCUCUCUGAACAAAGAGGACCUACGACAAGUCCUACCAGACGAGGGCGCCAGAGUGUACAGCCAGCUCACUGUGCAGAAAGCACUGUUGGAGGACGCCCGGAAGGUCACUGAGCUGGAGGCAGUGAUGGAAAAACAGAAGAUGAAGAUGGAUCUGAACCUGGAGAGUAGCACACUAUAAGACCCACGUUUCAGACAUCAUGUGUAACUCCCCCAUAAGGAAGACUCCAACUAAAAGAGAAAAAAUCCCACACCACUGGCUUGAUUCUAUCUAACAAACAUUCAAAAACUGUCAGAUGUAACAUUAUGCAAAUAUUCAUUUUACGGUUGCUCUUCAAGCCAGGCUGUGCAGUCUUGAAUCAAGGCUUUGUUUUUUGUUGCAAAUGCUUGCUUCGGUUAAAACUUUUUAGGACAAAUUGUCCUCUGUUAAGCCAAUGUACAAUUACACUUAGGCCCUGAGCAAUGAUCUCAGGUAAAUAGAUUAAUACAAUUCUGGGAUUUUUAUUCAGGCUUCAGAGAAAAUCAUCUUCUAGCAAAAUAAUACAAACAGACCAAACCAAUACUAGAGCUGGCACCCAUUAGGAAAAGUUAUGCAUUCCUUUAUAUGUGUUUGCAUCCAACUUCAAGUGACUGACAUACAUGAACCAACAUAUUCAGAAGAUGUACAAGCUGCGGAUUCAGCAUCAAAAUACUGGAAAGUAAAAUGAACAUAAGCAGGUACUUAGGAUAUUGUUCCCAGCACCAAGUAUCAUCGUCCAAAACCAGGGUAACGAAACUGACUACCUGGGUAACGUAGCUGACUUGCUGGGUAACAUAGCUGACUUCCUGGGUAGCGUAACUGACUUCUAGGGUCACAUACAGUCAUUCUCAAUCCAAAACAGCAUUUCCUACUCAAUCCAUUGGAGACAUGCAAAGUCCAUCGUGUCUACUACACACAAAUACAGACUUCACAUGACAUGAAAACUUGGAACAAACUUGUAAAAUUCUCUCUCUCAAAAAAAAGAAGACUCCAUUUGUGAACACAAAGGACAAUAAAAUCUAAAGCGUGAGAAAAUCCUGUCCGUAUUAUGACAUUCAUUCGAACUGCUGCCAUCUCUCCAAAUAUAAAUGUCCCGUCAGUCGGUCUAGGCCACAACUAUAGAAGCAAAGGGUAUUUCACAAGCUGACAGAAAUGAGCUCACUAAUGUUCACAACUGACCAAAUUCCUUUUGUAUUUUCAAAUGUCCUGAUCCAGUCAAACAACAACAAUAUGUCUUCGUUGAUCAAUCUUAUAAUCUGUUCUGCACAUAUCUGACCUAUGAUUACUGGUAUGUUAAAUAUUUUUUGCAACUUUAAAUGGCAAAUGACUGCGACCAGCAUAGUGAAAUAGCCUCUAGGAAGGGAAGGAAGCCUCGAAGAGUGAAGCCAAUCUAAGGCAGUAUGCCGAGUUGUGUUCAUUAGGACACUAAUUGAAAACCUUUCGCUAUGUUUUUACGGGAGAGCAAAAAUGUGCUUUUCUUAUUGGACAAAUCCAGAUGACGCCUCCCUGUUUCAGUCCGGUUUCUUCCGUUUGGUGCCUAAUGAACAUGACCCAGGACAGUAUGCAGGAAGUAUGAUUAAGCAGUGUCUCAAUCGCACAGCAAUCCUGACAGUUUAAAAGUAACAGUAUCAAAACAAAGAAACAUUUAAAUCCUCUAUUCUUUAAGUUUAUGGUUCAUUCAAUGGCCAUUCAUUUAUCCUUUCUAUAGCUACCACUUAAAUU